AUGGUGUACGUCGAUCAAAGUAGGGAUGGAACACACAGGGAGUGUACGUCUGCGACGCCUUUUGACCGAAAUGUGAAGAUUUCUCGUUCUUUUCAUGGAGGUUCUAAAGUGACGGCAUUCUUCGAGUGCUCCCGGGAAGGUUGUAGUGAUGUGGCUGGCGCUGAUCUAAGGAGCGCUCUACCGAGGUUAGCUAGAAAUCGGCGGUCUUUGGACAAAACUUCCUCGGCAGUUGGAAACUUCCGCGAGCAUGAAAACCUCCCCCUAUUCGAUUUCAAGUCUGCACCUUCACGGACUGGCUUUUCCAUCCAGCGCUGUGGUUCUGAAGGACCGAAAAGUGCAAGUAUGUUUCAAGUAUAA